UUGGUAUCACCCCAUACAGAUAUAAAAAAUUUUUGAAUCUAGGGUUUUAGCUCAGACUGCCCAUCCAUGGCUACCCCUAACCAUCCGUACGUCUCCAAAAAGAAGAAGAAGAAGAAUCAAACCCCAGAAACCGAAUUCCAUUCGGAACUCACUCUAUGCUCCAAGAACAAGGACCUGCGCGCCGCUAUCUCGCUAUACGAGAUCGCGAGUUCACAGGGCACGCGACUAAACCAGUACCACUUUAAUGCGCUUCUCUACCUCUGCUCCAACUCGGUCGCGGAUCCAUCGCUAAAAGCAUUAGCUUUGGACUACGGUUUCCGUAUCUUUGAUCACAUGCUGUCGAUCAACAUCAACCCCAAUGAGGCCUCAAUCACUGCCGUCGCUCGCCUCGCCGCUGCAAAAGGAGACGGCGAGUAUGCAUUCGGACUGAUCAAGAGCAUGGGGAAGUACAGGCUUGCGCCGAGGUUGCGCACGUACGACCCGGCAUUGUUAUGUUUCUGUGAGAAUUUAGAGGCAGAGAAGGCGUAUGAGAUUGAGGACCAUAUGGAUAUAAUGGGAGUGAGUUUAGAGGAACCGGAGCUCGCUGCAUUGUUGAAGGUGAGCGCGAGUACGGGGAGAGAAGGGAAGGUUUAUGGUUAUUUGCAUAAAUUGAGAAAUUCAGUGAGGAGUGUUAGUGACUCUACAGCGAAGGUUAUUGAGGACUGGUUUUGCAGUGGGAAGGCUAGGGAUGUGGGAGACGUGAAUUGGGAGGUGGGGCGAGUGGAAGAGGCGGUUUCGAGAAGUGGGGGAGGGUGGCAUGGUUUGGGCUGGAUUGGAAAAGGAGAUUGGCUUGUGAAGAGAGUGAAUGUGGAUUCGACUGGGCGGUGUAGAGGUUGUGGGGAGCAACUGGGGUGUGUGGAUAUAGAUGAUGCGGAGACGGAGAGGUUUGCUGAGUCAGUGGCUGCGUUGGCCAUGGAAAGGGAGGUCAAGGUGACAUUCAGCGAGUUUCAGGAGUGGCUGGAAAAACAUGCUGAUUUUGAAUUUAUAGUGGAUGGGGCAAAUAUUGGUCUCUACCAACAAAAUUUUGCAGAUGGUGGAUUCAGUAUUUCUCAGCUUGAUGCUGUCGUGAAAGAAUUGUACAAUGGGAGUGGAAACAAAUGGCCUCUGGUUGUCUUGCAUAACAAACGUCUUAGGGGACUUCUGGAGAAUCCUUCCCACAGAAAGCUGGUAGAGGAAUGGAUGGAUAAAGGUGUUCUUUAUAUGACACCAACUGGUUCCAAUGAUGAUUGGUACUGGCUAUAUGCUGCCGUAAAAGUUAAGUGCUUACUUGUGACAAAUGAUGAAAUGAGAGAUCACAUUUUUGAACUCCUAGGAAAUAGCUUUUUCCUCAAGUGGAAAGAAAAACAUCAAGUUCGGUAUUCUUUUGUGAAAGGUAAUUUGAAGCUUCAGAUGCCUCCUCCAUAUUCAUCUGUUAUCCAGGAAUCAGAAAAAGGAUCAUGGCAUGUGCCUGUUGCAGGGCACAACAGGGAGUGCAAGGAGUCUUUCACAACUUGGCUAUGCAUCACUAGGCCAAGUUCUUGUGAUGCUUUUGAUGAAGAUCCAAUAAAUGUUGAAAGUUCAGAAAAUGGACAUGCCACGUACACCCUUCCUUCACUAAAUCCUUGCAAGCAAGAGAGUUUUAGAAGUGGCCAUGGCUUACAUAACAGCCCAGAGUCCUUCCAGUUUUCUGAUAAUAAAGCUGCUUCAUUGAUAGGCAAAAGGAAAGAGAGGUCCCCAUCCCCUUCCCGUCCUCAUCAUACACCUAAUGAUGCUUUCUAAUGAAGCCUUACCUCGUGUCAUGAGGUGUUGUCUAUCGUUUCCAGAAGUCCUCGAUGAUGAAGGAAGAUCGAGGAAUAAAGCAGCAGCAGUAUCAACCUAUUGUAAGUUAAUGUUUCUAAACACUUUGCAGUGGGUGGUCUCCAACCAAUCACUUUUACCGUCAAGGGAUUUUGCCUUUUCCCCAUAUUCUGCUGCAUGAAGUUCAUAAAUUGAUUUGUAAUGCCAAUGUCGUACUGUGCAAUAAUCGAAAAAAUUAUCGAAGUAGAAGGUAAGAAUAUAUGAUUUUUUGGCAGCA